AUGUCUCUACCACGACACCUCAAUGGAGCGCAGCGAGAGGACUCGCCUCUUUUGCCGAGUAACAAUCGCGGGCGGGAUGAAGGGCCACAUGGGUGGAGAGAUAUUUUAGAGAACAAAAUGACAUGGGCAUGGUACACAACAAUCAUGUCAUCUGGUGGUGUGGCGUUAAUAAUUUUCAAUCUACCCUACGCGGUCAAACCGCUUUGGAUUGUUGGCGGCAUCGUUUAUAUGGCAUCCCUGAUUGGGUUCCUACUGUUACUACUAAUCCACCUAACCCGAUUCGCACUAAAUCCUCGUGUUCUACCAGCGAGCAUAACGCAUCAAUCAGAAGGCCUCUUUGUAUCGACGUUUGCCGCAGCCAUGGGAAUUCUGAUCAUCGAUGGAGCUACAUACAGUGAAAAAAUGCAUACCACUCAUGGAAUGGCGUUGAGGGCGUUUUACUGGAUUUUUGUUGGGGUCGCUGUGUUAUUUGGCGUUGCCACUCCGUUAGUGCAGUUUUCGCGAACGAGGGUGGCUCGUAUUGAUGACGAGGCUCCGGCUGCAAGAGAUUACUCCCCAAUGGCUAUUCAACAGAUUCUCCCCCUUACUCUCGUCGGAUAUGCGGCCUCAACAGUCGUCUCCCAUAUCGAUCCUAUCAGCGGCCACCAUCUCGCAAUGCCAAUCCUCUACACUGCAACUGCGGUUCAGGGAAUGGGCGCGCUCCUCGGCCUUAUCUAUCUCGCUGGAUUUGUCGACAGCCUCUACCGCAAUGCCCUCCCCUCCAUCGCAAACCGCCCAUCAAUGUUCGUUUCCGUCGGUCCUCCCGCCUUCACAGCUCUAUCUUUCGCCCUCAUGGCCGAGCAAUCACUCAAGCACUUCCCAGCAAAUCCCUCUACUCCGGGUGAAACCUUUGAAGUUGUCGGCGGCGUAGCACUGUACUAUAUCGGUAUGGUGAUGGCAUUGAUGUUCUGGGGAUUGGCUGCUUGGUUCUUUUGUGUCUCCGUGCUGGGCAAUAUUGUAGCUUUAGGAGAGAUGGAUAUUGGUGUUCAACAGUUACAGAUGUUUGCACUGAUCUUCCCGAAUGUUGGAUUCGCGUUGGCAAGUACACAUCUUGCAAGGCUCCUGGGAUACCCUAAGAUUCUGGCUGUGGGUGCGGAGGUGCUGGAUUUGGUUGUUAUUGUCUCAUGGGCUAUUGUUGCUAUUGCAAUGGUCUUUGGCGUUGUCAGUGGCAGGAUCUUUCGUGGACCAAUUUAG